AUGUCAUACUCAGCAAUAAAACCAGUGGGUUUUCGUUCCCUCAAAGUGGCUGUUCCUCGGGAACUGGCAGGGCAUGUGUCUCCUGGUGCAAACACAUAUCUCUUUAUGGUGCAAGCUCGUGGUAUAAUGUUGAGAGAAAAUGUGAAAACAAUAGGACACAUGAUCAGAUUGUACACUAACAAAAAUACUACACUGAAUGGCACAGAUUAUCCUGAAGGAAACAAUUCAAGUGACUCUGUUGCUCAAACAACAAUGUAUCUUCCAGAGAACUUCACCUACUCUCCUUACCAGGCUUGUCCAGAGAAGCUGCCUUACAUGAGAGGCCUUAUCGAUGUCAAUAUGAGUGAAAUUAGUUUUGAUGAAAUUCAACAAAUGUUUUCAAAAGAUUUAGACAUUAAACCCGGAGGACACUGGAAACCAACAGACUGUAAGCCACGGUGGAAGGUAGCGAUCCUUAUUCCUUUUCGGAAUCGCCAUGAGCAUCUUCCAAUUUUUUUCCGUCAUCUGAUACCUAUGUUGCAAAAGCAGAGACUGGAAUUUGCCUUCUAUGUUGUUGAACAGACAGGUACACAACCUUUUAAUCGUGCAAUGCUCUUUAAUGUCGGCUUCAAAGAGGCUAUGAAGGAUGCUGUCUGGGACUGCAUAAUAUUUCAUGAUGUGGAUCACUUACCUGAAAAUGACAGAAAUUAUUAUGGAUGUGGAGAAAUGCCACGCCAUUUUGCAGCAAAGCUGGACAAAUACAUGUACAUCCUUCCAUACAAUGAGUUCUUUGGUGGUGUAAGUGGCCUGACAGUGGAACAAUUCAAGAAGAUCAAUGGGUUUCCAAAUGCCUUUUGGGGAUGGGGUGGAGAAGAUGAUGAUCUUUGGAACAGGGUUCACUAUGCUGGAUACAAUGUAACAAGACCAGAGGGAGAUUUAGGAAAGUACAAAUCCAUUCCUCAUCAUCAUAGAGGUGAAGUCCAAUUUUUAGGACGAUAUAAACUUCUGAGGUAUUCCAGAGAACGUCAGUAUAUUGAUGGGUUGAACAAUUUAGUAUAUACUCCUAAAAUAAUUGUCAGCAGAUUGUAUAAAAAUAUAACUGUUAACCUCAUGCCAGAACUUGCUCCUGUUAGAGACUAUUGAUUGAAGUGGAGUGACAAGCUACCCUACCAGAAUAAACUUUUAACACAGGAAGCUACUAAUAGACACUGUAAAACAAAGUAAAACAAACCCAAGAAGCAGCAGCUUAGAACUGGAGGUUUUUGACCAUUUGAUGAUGAAUAUUUGGGAUGAAAAGUGAUUGUAUGUACCAUGCAUUUUGUUCUGAAAGAAAAGCCAGCAGCUACCACUCAGAUGUUUACAGCAUGAGACUACUGUUCAAGCCUUCAUUCUUCAUAUUCUCUAUCUUAACCACUCAACUAAAUAAACUGCAGAAAACAGGCUUGUAGCUUCUCUGGAAGUAGGGACAGAGGCCUCUUCCAGGAAUUUUUUUAUAUUAAACUGCCCCCCCUCAUAUUUAAAUGAAUGCUUUUAUUUCUUUUUAAAAUGUGUUUUGUAAAUAUGUGAUGUAAAUUAAUGUGUGUACAUUGCUUUUGAACUGCUCAACAUUUUAUGCUUCAGUAUGUGUUUGACUGUGUUCUCAUUUGAAUUCUAUAGGAAUGUUUUUAUUAGCAUGAAAGAACAAGUGUAAAAUGUAAGUAUGCUUAAAAAAAGGUUAUACCUUAUGUGAAA